AUGCAGGCCGCUUGUGCAACCAUCGCUUCUCCGGAGUCAUACGAUCCCGUAGGAAUAGGUGAAGAAGAAGAUCAAGCGCAAUAUAUCGAUGCGAUGGCAGGAUACGCGAAUCCGACAAAUGAGUUACUCAAGGAAGCGGAAAAGGUGUUUGUAAAGAACGCAAUGGUGGCAAAUAUCAUCAGUAUCGGAUCAGGGAAACCUCAGAUAGACCAACAAAAUAUGAAUCUGAACGAUGCACUCAGAAGAGCCAUAACAGAUACCGAAAGAGUGCAUAAUGACAUUCAAAAUCGCCUCCAUGAUCUUGGAAUCUAUUUUCGAUUCAACGUAGAUGGCAUAUUGCCUAUGAAAAACCUUGUUGGAAAGACCACGAGAGUGCAGACGGCGGCGUAUUUAGAAGAGGCAGCCAAUAGUAAAAGAAUGGAUGAAGCCGUCACAUCCAUCCAAGAGCGUAACGGAAUCAAGAAUUUGAAAGAACUCAGUACGUGUAUUAAUCUUAAACCAAAACUGUAUCUGACGUCUCUCCUAGAUUCAAUCACCGCCGUGGAGGUAAAAUAUAAACAGAGGCCCGCCGUCGUAUCAUUCUUCGUAGGGCGACAAGAUAUCCUCGACCAUCUCCAUGAAACACACAUCGAAAAGCCUGAGCCGGAAGGUGAAUACCCAACUAUAAGUGUUCUUGUCGGCCUUGGUGGCUCGGGAAAGUCACAAAUAGCACUACAGUUUGCCAAGCAAUUCGAGAAAAUUUCAGAGCAGCGGAUAAAAGAAGACUAUCAGGCAAUCAUUCGUUCGCGCGGCCCUGCAUAUCGCUCUUCAACCUACGAAGGGGCCCUUGAGUGGCUCGCUACUACAGAUCAACCAUGGCUGAUCAUAGCGGACAAUGCUGAUGAUCCCUCAAUUGACUUGCAUCCUUUUCUACCUCAGUGCUCUCGCGGGCAUUUCAUCAUCACAAGCCGGAAUACGAAUCAGAGUCUGAUGGCUCAAACACAUGCUUAUCAUACAGAAGCACUAGAGUCGGAAGAAUCAGUUAAACUACUACUCAAUAUCUCGGGCUAUGAAGAGAAUGAUCUCAAUGCGAGCCAUGCCAGAGAAAUUGUCAAGGUGCUAGGUCAUCUCCCUCUCGCAGUCGUCCAAGCGGCUGGCUACAUUUUUAAACACAAGUACCUCUCAUCUUAUCUCGAGAUCUACAACGAAAGUAAAGAGGAUAUCUUGUCUCAAAGGGCAAAAGAGCUUCCACAUGGUUACGACCUCUCUGUCGCGACCACCCUCGAAAUGUCAUUCAACAAACUUUCUGCGAAUACAAAGGCGGUCCUCCGUAUCCUAUCCUUCCUUCAGAAUGCAUCUAUCGCGCAUAAAAUCAUCGUAGAUGCGGCAAAGAACAGGUUCUUCUAUGCAUCUGGAAAAGCCAAGGAAGCAGAUAACGAGAGACUGGAUGAGAUCAAGCAGGAGUCUGAAGAGCUGUGCAAAGUCUUUUGUCCGAAAGGAAAAUGGUCGGAAGCCGAGUUCUACAAAAUCAUCGAGCCCUGUUUCCAAUACUCCCUCCUUCAUUCGACAGUAUCGGAGGAUGAUCAGAAAUUCUAUUCGAUGCAUAUACUCGUCAAAAGCUGGUUACAACUGCAAUCAUCUCCUAGUGAUCAAAUCUCCUCGAUGCGCCUAUCUCGAAGGAUGCUUUUAGCAGUCAUAAAGGAGAGCUCGACUUAUGAGUAUCUUGGCCUCUAUCAAAUGCUUCUACCGCAUCUUAGCGCAUUUUCCGGAUCUCCUCUCGAUUUCGCCACCGAUGAUUUUUUAUUGUACGAGGUCUUCUUAGAAACAGGAGAUCCCCUAACUGCAGACUUGCACCUCACUGCUUAUAUUGAAAUGGCGAGAGGUCGGGUCCAAUGGGAUGCUCCUGAAUGGUUGGAGGCCCUGUGUGAGCGGACGUGGUCCUUAAUUGUGCUCGGACGUCACCAUGAUGCUUCAAAGGCCGGUGCGGAAGCCACAGAAUUAUGUAUCAAAGCUCUAGGCCAGGACAAUCCUAGAACUUUGAGUUCAAUGAAUGAUUUAGCAUUGAGCUAUAGUAACUUGGGAGAGUAUCAGAAGGCGCGAGAGAUGGACGAAGAUAUUCUGGCGAGACGUAAAAGCGUAUUAGGGCCAGAGCAUUCGGAUACUCUCACAUCCAUGAACAACCUUGCCCUCGACUACAUUAAUCUCCUACAGUACGAAGAUGCACAGAAAUUGAAUGAAGAGACUCUAGCAUUACGCAAGAGGCUAUCCGGUCCGGAGAACCCAGAUACUCUUCUAUCCCUGAGCAAUCUAGCUUGGACUUACAGCAACCUAGGGUUUUACGAAAAGGCCAUAGAAAUGAACGAAGAAACGAUAUCCCUACGCAAGAAAGUCCUGGGACCAGAGCACCCGGACACUCUCUUCUCCUUGAGUAAUCUUGCCUUGAACUAUCUAGAGUUCGGACAGGAUGAGAAAGCUCGAGAUAUUGAAGAAAAAACGCUAUUAAUACGCAAAAGAGUCCUCGGCGCAGAGCAUACGGACACACUUGUGUCUAUGAGUAACCUUGCAUGGGCUUACAGUAAUUUAGGGCAGCAUGUCAAGUCUCGAGAGAUCAAUGAAGCAACACUGGCUUUGCGCAAGAAAACUCUGGGACCGGAGCACCCGGAUACGCUUCAGACUAUGAACAAUCUGGCCGUAAACUAUGUUGACCUCGAGAUGUACGCAAAAGCUUGCGAGGUUAACAAGGAGGUCGUAGAGUUACGUAGGAGAGUGCUUGGUCCGGAGCACCCCCACACUCUCCUAAGUAUGGCAAAUCUUUGUGUAAACUAUAUCGACAUGGGGAGCUACAAGGAGGCGCAAGAAAUAGGAGAAGAGACCUUAAAGUUACGCCAAAAGGUUCUAGGUCCUGAUCAUUCCGAUACUCUCUUCAUAGCUAAGGAGCUAGAGCAGCUACAUGCUCGUCAAUCGGAAUUCACUGAGCUGAGUCGGCGCUUAGUUCGUUCCGAAUUGGGAUCGAGAAUCACAAGGACGCAGAGUGGCUUUGAGCGUAGCCUCACACCUUCAACUGCACCACACUUGAUUGUAAUCCCAGGGAAAAAUGGUGGAGUGAACCCACUCUCUGCACUCUACAUCAUCGAUGAAAUGCUACAACGGCUAAAAUUUGACAUUGAAUUUGACGAGGACCUUCGAGCUUGCGACUGGUUUGAUAUGAUCAUUGGAAGUGGCAACGGCGGGAUUGUCGCUCUUCUCCUUGGUCGACUAAGAAUGACAGCAUCCCAGGCGAUCAAAGCAUGCAACUCCCUUGUCACCGUGCUAGUAACUGCACCAGCAGAGAAAAAAAAAGAAAGAGAGUUGAAUAGAGAAAAUUUCUCCGCUAUGUUCGAGAAGGUCUUGGUGGAAGCAGGUUACGAUGUGAGCAAACCGAUGCGUGUUGGUGUAGGAGGAAAUGGCAUUUGCAAGUUCAUUCGUUCCUACUCGACUCGCGGUAUGAAUACUCCAAACUGUACCAUCUUGCAAGCUGCCUGUGCAACAAUUGCCUCACCUGAUUCCUACGAGCCGGUCACAAUUGGAGAGGAAGACGAUCAAAUCGAAUGCAUAGAUGCAAUGGCUGGAUAUGCGAAUCCGACAAGUGAGCUACUCAAGGAGGCGGAGAGGGUGUUUGGCAAGACAGCACUUGUUGCUACCAUUACAAGUGUUGGAUCUGGAAAACAGGAAUUGCGUCAAUGGCAAUCUGAUAUCGCGAAGAAAAUGUUGAACGAUGUACUUAAAAGAGCAAUAACAGACACCGAGCGAGUCCACAAUAGCAUCCAGAGCCGUUUUCAAGACCUUGGAAUCUAUUUUCGAUUCAACAUAGAGAGCAGCCCUCCUUUCGAUAGCUCUACUGGGAAGAUAACAAAAGCGCAGACGAUGGCAUAUCUCGAGGACGCAAUUACCAGUCAAAGGAUGGAUGGGGUCAUCAAACUGAUUCAAGACCGCAAGGGAAUAAAAGCAUUGAGAGAUCUCAAUUCCAUCACUAGCGUAGAAAUUACAUAUAAGCAAAGGCCUGCUGUUGUACCAUUUUUUGUUGGACGACAAGAUAUACUUGAUCACCUUCAUGAAACACACAUCGCAAAGCCAAGCCCACAAGGCGAAUACCCUAGCAUUAGCGUACUAACAGGUCUUGGUGGCUCCGGAAAGACUCAAAUAGCUCUACAAUUUGCAAAACAGUUUGAAUCUGCCUCUGAAGACCGAAUCAAGGAAGAUUACCAAGCCAUCAUUCGUUCACGUGGCCCCGCAUAUCGCUCAUCAACCUAUGAAGUUACUCUUCAGUGGCUCGUUAAUACAGAAAGCCCUUGGAUGAUCAUUGCUGAUAAUGCAGAUGAUCCCUCCAUUGACUUGCAUCCCUUUCUACCUCGAUGUCCUCGUGGUCAUUUCAUUAUCACAAGUAGAAAUGCCAACCAAGGAUUGAUGGCUCCAGCUCAUACCCAUCAUAUUGAAUCCUUGAAUACUGAUGAUUCGAUCAGGCUCCUACUCGAGGUCUCGGCAUAUGAGCCUAUUGAUGUCAACUUGAACCAUGCCGCAGCGAUUGUUCUGGCAUUGGGCCACCUUCCUCUUGCCAUUGCCCAAGCUGCCGGCUAUAUAUACAAACAUAA